GGCGAGUUUUCGUUACAUCACAAAAUGUUCUGCUGUAUGAAAUUGGAGCCGUUUGAAAAUAAAGAGGAGGGCCAAGGGAAUGAGGAAGACGCAACUCAAGAAGUGGUGUUGCUUGUGUACAACUGGCAGAGCAUGUGAGCGCUUAGAGGCAGUCAUGUCAGGCGGUGUGUCUUUCAUUUUCAGCUCUGCUUGUGCCGUCGCCUUCAAAAGUUCAAAGGUUGCUGUAGUUCAGUGAAUGGUUAACAGGGCUGAAAACUCUCAGAUGGAGCAAACCUCUGUCCCCCCAAUAUACAAUGUCACCAUUUGCGGUGGAACCCACGGGAAUGAGUUGACCGGGGUGUACAUUGUGAGGGAAAUGCAGAAACAGAAGAUGGAGAAAGCGGGAUCUGUUUCUAUCACCACUGUUGAGACCAAUCCAAGAGCCGUGGCUGCUGGCAAACGAUACACGGAGAUGGAUCUGAACCGCUGCUUCACAGAUGUCUUGCUGAGUUCCCCCAUAACUGAGUCAACGCCGUAUGAGGUGAGGCGAGCACAGGAACUGAACGCUCAGCUGGGGCCCAAAGGAAGCGCAAAGGCUGUUGACCUGCUCAUUGAUCUACACAACACCACUUCCAACAUGGGCCUGUGCUUCAUCUUCUACUCCUUAGACUGGAUCACUCUUCACAUUUACAAAUACAUAGAGAAAAACUUGAGCUCUGUGCCUGUGAGAGCGAUCAAGCUGGACAUUCCCAGCUCCGAACGUUAUUCCCUGGAGUCAGUGGGCAAACAUGGCUUUGCGAUAGAAGUUGGCCCACAACCUAACGGUGUGCUCAGAGCUGAUAUCUUCAACGUGGUGAAAGAAGCAUUGGAUCUCACAUUACAGUGGCUUGAGAAAUUUAGUUCUGGGCACAGUUUCGAAGGCGGCACAGUGGAAGCAUACACUUUUGUUAAAAGUGUUGACUACCCAAGAGACUCGGCUGGCAAAGCUACUGCUGUCAUCCACCAAGACCUCCAGGAUAAUGACUUUAAGCUUCUGCGGUCAGGGGAUCCCAUCUUCCAGACAUUUUCUGGGAAUAUUUUGAAAUAUGAGGGAGAAGACCUCUACCCUUUCUUCGUGAAUGAAUGCGCCUACUACGAGAAGAAGAUUGCUUUCCAUUUAGCUCAGAGAAAAACAUACAACUUUCCGCACAUAAGCGUGAAAAAAGAUUGAGGAAAGACAAAGGUAACAUGAGUGCUUCAAUCACGUGAAGAAAAAAACACAAUGGAAUGAAAUAAGGAAGUCAGGAAUUUUGAGUCUAUCUGUAACACCUGUUUGCAGGUAAAGUGCCUUGCAAAAAUAAAAUAGAUUUUAUCUUAA